AUGUUUUUAAGCAACAAGGUCGGUGGUGGUGGUGGUGGUCACCGCCUCGCGAUAGAGGUUGUUUUCCGUCUUCGAAAACGGUGGUGGAGCGACGAAUACAAUAGUGUCGAUGAUGUGAUGUGUCCUCGGUGGCAGGAGGGUUCUGCUGCUGUUGCUGGUUUUGAGUUCCUCAAUGUUGAGAGGUUCGUGCUUUCAUUGAUGGUUUCUUGGUCGAUGGUGGAGCGUGGCUUGCAGUUGUCGAUGCUGCAGGUUGUGUCUUUUGUUGAGGUGGUAUCUAUUCAAGCUUUGGAGGAGUGCUUCCAUGAAUAUCAACAUAAUCAAAAGAAAGAAGUCGAAAGAGUUACCGGACAACAUUGCCAGGCAGCUCCUUUGUCAUCAGCUUCUGGACCGAGUGGUGAUGCUGGAGGUCCCGUAAGUCCAAUCACGAUCGGAGAAGCACUUGAAGCAACCGCUCUUACAGCAGGGAAGAAGCCGGUAGAUUGGAGUGAUGCAGCCGCAAUACAGGCGGCAGAAGUGAGAGCCACCGGUCGUACCUCCAUAAUUCCCGGAGGCGUUGGCGCCGCAGCUGAGUCUGCCGCCAAUCUCAAUGCCAAGGCAACUACAGAAGAGGAGAAGACCAAGUUGAGAGAUAUCCUCUCGAACGCAACGGUGAAGUUGCCAUCAGAUAAGGCAGCAACAAAAGGUGACGCAGAAGGGGUGAAGGUUGCAGAGACGAGUAAUGAUCCAACGCUCACUACACAUCCGGCGGGUGUGGCGGCUAAUGUGGCCACAGCUGCUAGGCUCAACGACAAGAUUGCCAAAUGAACCAUAUCCAUCUAUCUAAUACCAUGUACGGUCAUCUUUG